GGAGGAGGAGGAGGAGGAGGAGGAGGAGGAGGAGCGGGAGGAGCGGAGAGACCCCCGAGGCGGCGGGCGCGGGGUUUUUCCCGGUGCUCUCCCGGUCCGGUCCCGGUGGUUUCCCGGUGCUCUCCCGGUCCGGUCCCGGUUCUCACGCUCCUCUCCCGGUCCCAUCCCGGUGUUUUUCCCGCUCCUCUCCCGACCCCAUCCCGGUGUUUUUACCUGUGCUCUCCCGGUCUGCUCCCGCUCCUCACGGCUUCUUCCUCGAUCCCAUCCCGGUCCUCUCCCGGUGCUUUCCUCCCGGUUCUCCCUCGGUCCGAUCCCGGUCUUAUCCCGGUCCUCUCCUGGUCCUCCCGGCUGCUCUCCCGGUCCUAUCCCGGUGUUCUCACGGCUCCUCCCACUCCUCCCCCGGUCCGCUCCCGCUCCCAUCCCGGUGUUGUCCCCGCUCCUUCCCCUCCCGCAGCCGCCGGGAUGAAGACGGAGGAGGCUCCGUCCUGUCUCCAGCAGGCGACGGCCGUCCUGGGAUUCGGCCCCGAUCCCAAGAUGGGGGAGGUCUGUGCCGGCUGCGAUUCCCGGAUUUCCGACCGGUUCCUGCUGCGGGUGGAGGAGCGCUCGUGGCACGAGGGGUGUGUGAAGUGCUCCGUGUGCCUCCAGGGCCUCUCCGGGAGCUGCUAUUCCCGGGAUCGCCGCCUCUACUGCAAGCACGACUACGACAAGCUGUUCCAGACCAAGUGCAGCAGCUGCCUGAAGGCCAUCGGGCCCUCGGAGCUCAUCAUGCGGGUGCUGGAGAACGUCUACCACGUGCAGUGCUUCUCGUGCUGCGAGUGCGAGCGGCGGCUGCAGCGCGGGGACGAGUUCGUGCUCAAGGAGGGGCAGCUGCUCUGCCGCUCCGACUACGAGAAGGAGAGGGAGAUGCUCAGCGCCAUCAGCCCCGCGCCCACCGAGUCCGUGAAAAGCGAGGACGAGGAUGGCGCCCACUCCCACGGCAAAGGCGGCGACGACGGCAAAGACCACAAGCGCUCCAAGCGGCCGCGCACCAUCCUGACCACCCAACAGCGCCGCGCCUUCAAGGCCUCCUUCGAGGUGUCCUCCAAGCCCUGCAGAAAGGUGAGGGAGACGCUGGCGGCGGAGACGGGAUUGACCGUGCGGGUGGUCCAGGUGUGGUUCCAGAACCAACGGGCCAAGAUGAAGAAAAUCGCCCGGAGGCAGCAGCAGCAGCAGCAGCAGCAGGAGCAGGAGCAGCUCGGGAAUGCCCGGCUGGGAAGCGGGAGAGGGACCGGGAGGAGCAGCCGGCAGAGCAACGAUGACAGUGAAGACGCCGCGAGCGUGCCCGGCCUCGAGGGGCUCCUGGCGCCGUAUUCCCGCCUCCCGCCGCAGCCGCUCCUGCCCCUGGAGCACAACGGGCUGAGCCCGGAGCUCUUCCGGCCGGGAAUGACCCCCCCCCAGCUCCCCCCGGAACACCUGCACCCCUACGACUCGGAGGGCGUUUUCCACGACCUGGACAGCGACAGCCUGGGCCCCCUGGGCGACUGCCUCCUGUCCGGGGCCGAUCCCAGCCUGCUCCAGGCCCGGCUCGGGAAUCCCAUCGACCGCCUGUAUUCCAUGCAGAGCUCCUACUUCACCUCCUGACCCUGGAAAAGCCCUUCCCAGGAACCUCGGGAAUGCUGCUCCCGCCUCCGAGCGGGGCGAGGGGAUGGGGCGGGACUGAGACCCUCGGGAUUGUUCUCCCCGGAGGAGCCGACGGAUGGAUCCGACCUCUCCCGGCGUUUUCCAUCGGGAUGGGCAUUCCCGGCUGGAAUCUGGUGGGAAUUUCCCCCUUGUUUUCUAUCCCGAGGGGGAAUUUUCUGGCCUUUUCUCUCGGGUGAGGGAAUUUCUGGCCAGAAUCUGUCGGGACUGGGGAUUCCGGGCUGGACUCCUGAGUGAAUCCUCCAGCAUUUUCCAUUGGGACCAGGAAUUUCCAGCCAGAAUCCAUCAAUAUUUGGGAUUUCCCCUCAUUUUCUAUCAGGACUGGGAAUUUCCAGCCAGAAUCCAUCAAUAUUUGGGAUUUCCCCUCAUUUUCUAUCAGGACCGGGAAUUUCAGGCCAGAAUCCAUCAAUAUUUGGCUUUUUCCGGCAUUUUCCAGCAUUUUCCAUCAGGAGCUGCAAUCCCUGCCCGAAAUCCAGACUGAACCUUCCAACAUUUUCAAUCAGGACCAGGAAUUUCGGGCCAGGAUCCGUCAGCAU